CAAAAAAGAACCACCAAAACACACACACACACACACUACUCUUUGCUUCUAGGUUGAACUCUUGAUCAACUGCUAGACGAAACUAUUGCGAAUCAACAAGGUGAUAUCAUGGACUGGACUGGGAAUCACAGACCAUUUAUUCCUCGACCUGCAGGACAGAGUUCCUUCGCCUUUCUCUACAACUACAACAACGAUCACUACGUAUACCCACCAGGAGUGGGGGAGAUGAAGCAUCAAAUCAUGCAGGCACCGUUGGCGAUGAUGGAUAUGAACCAAAAUGAGUAUGAAAACAACAAUCAAGAGAAGAAAAAAAGGUUAACAAGUGAACAGUUAGAGGCACUGGAAAACACUUUCCAGGAGGAGAAGAAACUGGACCCUGACACCAAAAUAAAGCUAUCACAUGAACUUGGUCUUCAGCCCAGACAAAUUGCUGUAUGGUUCCAGAACCGACGUGCUCGAUGGAAGGCUAAGCAGCUUGAGGGCUUGUAUGAUACCCUUAAACAAGAGUUUGAUGCAGUCUCCCGGGAGAAACAAAAGCUUCAAGAAGAGGUGUUAGCAUUGAGAACCAUACUCAAGGAACAAGUAGGCAAGAGACAAGGAGCAGGCUCCAGCACGGGAAACACAUAUAUAUCUGGGGAAGAGACCGUUGAGAGCACAUCAGUUGCCACCAUUCGAACCAUCGCCAACAAUCACCACCAUCAUCAACUAUCAGCCGGUCAACAACAGGUCAUUGCUACAACUGGUGCCAUGACCACUAGCAAUAGCAACUAUGGACUAACCUAUGAUCCAACCACCUCAAUGCCCAUUCCAUCUUACCCGAAUUGGGCGGUUCUCCCGUCUUAUCCUUAAAAUUCGUUGAACUAUUAGCUAUUUGUUUAUGUGUUUAGGCUCUCAAUCAAAUAAUAUACUUUAAUUUUUAUCGGAU